ACAUACUGCUCAGCUGAAGGGAAGGGAUUCUUGCUGUCUCUCUCUGCUCUAGGCAUCACCUAACAAGCAAAGCGAACAAAGAAUGGGAAAUAAAGCGACCCUUAGCCGGUCUGUGAAUGAAUGGUAACCUCUCUCUGGAGUAAAGGUUGUGCCGGUCCAUGCUCGUUGCAAAUGAUGGACAUUAAACAGAUUGACAAAUCCUGUGGAGUCGUUAGUAAAGAGUUUGGAGUUUUUUUCACGCCACAGUGUUAACUGCAGUGGAAAGGACAGAGGGAGAAGGAGAAGAUCAAGCUCAUGUACAUAGUUCUGAAACUUGCAGGUCCUAGGAGGCAGCUCAAAAGCUAGCUGGACAAGCCUUUCGCUCGUUGAGCAGAAGCGAAGUGAGACAUUGUGAGCUUGCCAGCCUUGCACAACAUUGAAAGGGACUGAAUUUGUAGCACAGAGGGGUCUUUUUUAGCUCUGCAUAUAAUUAGUCCAAACACAAAGGAAGCAACUGAAUGGAGGUUGUCACUCUCUGGAAAAGGGUGGGUAAGACACUUUUUAAUUAAAUUCUUUCAUGAAGAAAGAUUUUUUUUUUUCCUUUGCUGCAGCAUUUAAAAUGAACAAAAUCACUAUCAUUUUACCUUUGAAUGUCUGUGAACUUUAAUGCUGCACAGCUCCUGCAUGCUAUAAAGUGAAAUAUUUGCCUCUGUGUUUGUUCUGUUUGCUGUUUUGCUUUGGUUUUCGGGCUUUGUUUCGUUGGUUUGCCUUUUUUUUUUUUUUCUCUCUCUCCCUUAAAUAAAAUAUGAUGUAGAAUUUGAAAAGACUCAAUGGACAUUCUCAAGCCUAUUUGGAAAUAUUCUUGCUAAUGGAUUUCCUUCUUAUUGGUCUCUGUUUAAACUGGCUGCUGAGGAAGCCCCCGGGGUUGAUAUUGUGUACGCUGGGUAUCUUUUCUAAAAUGCUUCCAGCUGUGAAUAGUGGGUGUCCACAGCUCUGUCGGUGUGAGGGCAGGCUUUUGUACUGUGAAUCACUGAAUCUCACAGAGAUGCCUCGCAACCUGUCGGGCAUGAUGGGCUUGUCUCUGCGGUACAACAGCCUUUCAGAGCUGCAUGAUGGACAGUUCACAGGGUUAAUGCAGCUCACGUGGCUCUAUCUGGAUCACAAUCACAUUUGCUCAGUGGAGGGGAAUGCCUUUCAAAAAUUGCGGCGAGUUAAAGAGCUCACCCUGAGUUCCAACAAAAUAACCCAACUGCCCAACACCACUUUCCGCCCCAUGCCAAACUUGCGCAGUGUGGAUUUAUCGUACAACAACCUGCAGUCUUUGGAGCCUGACCUGUUCCACGGGCUGAGAAAACUGACAACUUUGCACAUGCGGUCGAACGCCAUCAAGUUCGUGCCGGUGAGAAUUUUUCAGGACUGUCGCAGCCUGAAGUUUCUAGACAUAGGAUACAAUCAGUUAAAGAGCCUGGCUCGAAACUCUUUUGCUGGCUUGUUCAAACUCACUGAGCUGCACCUCGAGCACAAUGACUUGGUGAAAGUGAAUUUAGCCCAUUUUCCCAGGCUCAUCUCCCUGCACUCCCUCUGCUUGCGAAGGAAUAAAGUUACCAUCGUAGUAAACACUUUGGACUGGAUAUGGCAACUCGAAAAGAUGGAUCUCUCCGGCAACGAAAUCGAAUACAUCGAACCUCACGUUUUCGAAAGUGUACCUCAUCUCAAAUCCCUGCAGCUGGACUCCAACCGGCUGACCUACAUCGACUCCCGAGUCCUCGACUCCUGGAAGUCCCUCACGAGCAUCAGCCUCUCCGCCAACGCCUGGGACUGCAGCCGGAACGUCUGCGCCCUGGCCUCCUGGCUCAGCAACUUCCAGGGUCGCUACGACAGCAACCUGCUCUGUGCCACCCCCGAGUACGCCCAGGGAGAGGAUGUUUUGGACGCCGUGUACGCCUUCCACUUGUGCGAGGACGCCGACCCCACGAGCGUCAACACCUUCUCCCCGGUGACCAACAACAGCGAGCAGACGCUGGGCUAUGGCUCGGCCACCGCCACCUACGACGCGCCCGACGGCGACGAGGACCGGACCACGUACGCCGUCACCAUCACCAUGCCCGGCGAGAACUCCGAGAACGCCGUGCAGAUUCACAAGGUGGUGACGGGCACCAUGGCACUGAUUUUUUCCUUCCUCAUCGUGGUUUUGGUGUUGUACGUCUCCUGGAAGUGCUUCCCGGCCGGCUUAAGGCAACUAAGACAGUGCUUUGUCACACAGCGCAGGAAGCAGAAGCAGAAACAGACCAUGCACCAAAUGGCUGCCAUGUCAGCCCAGGAGUAUUAUGUUGAUUACAAACCCAACCACAUUGAGGGAGCCCUGGUGAUCAUUAAUGAGUACGGAUCUUGCUCCUGUCACCAGCAGCCAGCGAGGGAAUGCGAGGUGUGAUUUUCCUUUGGGAUUUAAACAGUGUGCAACCAAAUAACAGCGUGCAGGCAGACAGUGGCACGGGGUGGGAGGGGGGGUGCUGGGCUUUGCUGGUGAUUUCUGACGUGCACCCCUGCCCAAAUUAAGAGGGGCUGUCCAAAAGACUUGAUAUUUUAGCUUUAUCGUGUCUUAAAAACCUUCAGGACAGCCAAUCUUAAGGUUUCAUAUGCUAAUACUCCCUUUGAAGAUCUGUCAAUAUUCAGGAAUCUGAGAGUGUAAAAAAAAAAGGUACCAAUUAUUGAUCUUUUGUAAACUAAGAAAACUGUUUAAAAUAAAAAAAAAUAGCAUUUACAGUUUUUACAGACUGGUGUAUAUUACAUGAAUGGUUCCCUGUAUACAAAAUGCAACAGUUUAACCUCUCUCUUCAUGCUGAGUGUUGAAAUGAAAAGUAGAGGAGCAAAGAAGCCACGCAAAAUAGAAAGCUUAAAAUGACCCAGGUGGCUUCCCAUUGUAAUUAGCACACAUUCACGUACAUCAUGUUGCUGAAGAUAUGAAGCAUGACACUGGAAUUCUAUUUUUGUUAAUGUGCUACCUGUAACUGGAUGUCAGUACAACAAGGAGCCAGAGCACCUCAGAAAGGCUGAAGUUUUGACUGUGUCACUAGGACAGGAUUUCUGAGGAUUUUUAAGUACAGCUCUCUUGUUAGUUGCUGUAAGGUCCAUAAAAUCUGCAUUAUAACCCCUAAAAGUAUUUUGUAUCAAAACUGAUGAUAUUGUGAGGACUUUCUAACAAAAAACAACCAACAAAACCCCAACAAGUGAAACACUGCCAAAAUGUGCUCAUCCGAAUUUUCUUUAAUAUUAAAAACCAACCAAAAAAAAUGCUAAAUUUAAAGGUUUUUACUUGCAUUUGCCACUUUUAUGCUUGUUUUGAGCUAUGCCAAGAGCAAAUACCCCCUCAUUUUGUGCUCUGUGGUGCCAUGGUGAAGAGCAAAAGCAAUUAUUUGGGUCUCAGUGGUGAAACUCAAGAGCAAAACCACUGUCAGGGUAGGACAGGGAGUUUUCAGAGCACCCUUCUGGGUCCUGGAGUGAAGUGCUGGCAAAGCCCAGCUCGUGUCCCUCCCUUCCCCUAACAAAACAACCCCAAAACCUCUGCAGAGGCUGGAGGCAGAUGCACCCUCCUCACCAAGGACUGAAAAAUGGCAUUGAUGGAUUGAAGCAGUGAUUUCAUGAUGUAGAAUCCCACAGCUGUUUUAUCUGACUGCCCUUAAAUAAAGGCUUCCUUUCCUUGUA